AUGUCAUCCAUUAGAGGUGCUGCAACAUGCUACAAUUCCCAGCUACUGAAUUAUAUUAAGUGCAAUAGCAAAAUCGCUAAGUCAACCAAUUUCCAAGGUACGCUCUACGAGCGGACGGUGAUGCGCGAGCUUGCUACUAAACUACGUGUCACAAAACUGGUAAAUAGCGGUGGGGCUUUCGACCAAGGUAUUGACAUUAGUGGGAAAUGGGACCUGCAGCCGAUCUACGACCAUGUAAACAGCAUUUGGGGUCUAAAUAAGUCGCUUCCAGCGCGGUACAAAGUUAACGGCAGGAUACUAAAACCUUUAAAGCAUAGCCUGGCAUCUGGGGGGCAUCUACAGCCACUGGACGUGAUAGUUCAAUGCAAAGCCUUCAAAACUAGGAAGAUUACUGCUCGGGAUCUCCGCGAGGUUACCGGAAUUUUCACUCAGCACGCCGGUCAUCUAAAGAAGGCCAUCGUGAUGCUCUGCUCGCCUACACUUAUGACCAAAGAUGCCAUAGCGGCCAUAAAUCAAUUGCCGGUACCUAUAACAUAUCUCCAGAUCGAUAUGAUCAGGUUCAGUCGAAAAACGGGAGAGUUAGAUCUUAACGAGUCAGGACAACUACUGAACUACUACGAAAACGAGUAUGCAUCAAAGCUACUUGACGACUGUGGUAUCCAACAAUGGCUAGCUAUGUCAUGUUGGGAGCUUCCGACAGAUGCUAACGCUAUUGGACCAGUGGUUGCAGAAGCAAAAUUUUAA